AAGUUUGCGAUUGCCUUUGGAGUGGCACAAACGAACCAAUCAAAAGUUUUCUUUUUCUUUUGCCAUUGAUUGGUCUGAUUUAAGCGUCACCACACCACAUGUUCCCUCUUUGCCGGUGAAGCUCAAGAAACAGCAUUAUGGAUUACGGAUAUAAUGGAUACAGUGGUGGUGGUGGAGGUGGGUAUGAUGAUGGUAGUUACGGAUAUGGAGGUGGCUAUGAUCAAAGUGGAUAUGGUGGUGGCUAUGGCAGUGGUGGUGGUGGUGGUGGCGGCUAUGGUGGUGGAUAUGGAGGGGGUGGAGGACGAGGAAGAGGUGGUGGAGGAAGGGGCCGUGGACGCGGUGGUGUAAUGGGAAGUGGUCGCGGAGAUGGUGAAUACUGGAAGAAACCAGAAUCAAAACCAUUCAGGAAGCUGUUCAUUGGUGGUCUUAGUUAUGAAACAACAGAAGAGAGUUUAAAGACUCAUUUUGAACAAUGGGGAGAGGUUGUAGAUGUUGUUGUCAUGAAAGACCCACAAAGUAAAAGAUCUCGAGGAUUUGGUUUUGUAACAUACAGUGAAUCAAAAAGUGUAGAAGAUGCGCAGGAAAACAGACCACACCAUAUUGAUGGGAGAGAAGUUGAGUCAAAACGAGCAAUGCCAAGAGGGGAUGAUGGUCAGGCAGAGUCUUCAGAAUCUACAAAAAAGUUGUUUGUUGGGGGAAUUAAAGAAGAAGAUUCUGAGAGUGAUGUCCGGGAUAUUUUUGGACAAGAAGGCAAUAUUGAACAAGUAAACAUGGUCACUGACAAAAAUACAGGAAAACAAAAACCAUUUUGUUUCAUCACAUUUGAAGAUACAGACACUGUAGACAAAUGUGUCUUAAAACACGAAUUUGUAAUAAAUAACCACAAUGUGCAAGUAAAGAAAGCAGAAGAAAAGGGAGGUGGUGGUGGUGGCCGAGGAGGAAGAGGUGGUGGAAGAGGAGGUUAUGGUGGUGGCCGUGGAGGUGGUGGUGGUGGUGGGUUUGGUGGAGGUGACUAUUACGGUCAAGGGUUUGGUCAAGGAUAUGGUGAUCAGGGUUAUGGUGGUGGACCAAUGAGAGGAUCAGGUGGUUAUGGACAGCGGGGGAGUGGUGGUGGUCCUUAUGGCCAAGGUUAUGGUAGAGGAGGAGGAGGUAGAUGGUAACUGUCUUGAAUCUCGGCACAUAUCAUUCAUUCCUGGCAAUAGUAGGUGAUCAUCAAUGAUAGGCAGACAAGAAUAAAUUCUACAGUCUUAGAAAGAAGGAAAGUAGGCUUCAAUGUUAGGCAGGAAAUUAGGCCCAAUUACAUUAUAGGUGAUAGCAGGAUAGGCCUAGCUUCAUGAACCCGCGAGCAUCUUAAAUAUUGGAUUAUUGUAUUUCUGUGAAUUGUGAAAUAAAAGUUAUAACUGUGAAUUAAUGUAGAGAGAAAAGGAGCAAAACGAUACAUUUCAUAUAGUUCAUGUAGUGAAGGAAUAUAGAGAGAAAAAAAUGAUACGGAUUUUAAUAGUGUUUUAAUGCAGUAAAAUCAAUCUAUUCUAUUGCAUCAAUGUUACCAAACAUUUACUACUGUCUGUCAUGUUUUAAUUUAGCUUCUAUUUUCUAUAGAGCAAAUAUAUCCAUUUUUAGCAUGCAUACUAUUGCCAGAGACUGUUUUUAAUGUCAUUAACUGUAAAGCUCCAUUUGUUAUAAAAAAAAAAUGCCGUGAUUUUUGUAGAUUGUCAUUUUAUGGAAGUUUUUUCUUUGUAUUGUAAAAUCAUGUGAAAAGGUCAAUAAUGCUGUUGUACAUAGAAUAAAAUUGUCAACUGAAA